CCCCUUUAGUUUACCAUGACCACUUGGUCUAGUAUUGUCUUACUGCUUGGCUUUUGCCUUGUGGCCGCUGAAGCGGCUGCCCCCUGGUGGCAAACGGCGUCGUUCUAUCAGAUCUAUCCGCGAUCAUUCAAGGACAGCGAUGGCGAUGGCAUUGGCGAUCUAAAUGGCGUGACCGAGAAACUGGAAUAUCUUAAGGAAAUUAGCGUCACAGCCACUUGGCUGUCCCCAUUCCUGAAGUCUCCCAUGGCUGACUUUGGAUACGAUAUCUCAGACUUUAAAGCGGUCGAUCCCCUCUUCGGUACCAUGGAAGACUUUGAGAAUAUGGUGGCGCGUGCCAAGCAGUUGAAUGUGAAAAUCAUUCUGGACUUUGUGCCCAACCAUUCGAGUGACGAAUGCGAUUGGUUCGUACGCUCCGCAGCUGGCGAAGAAAAGUACAAGGAUUACUAUAUUUGGCAUCCCGGAUUCGUUGAGAAUGGCGUGCGCAGACCACCCACCAAUUGGGUGAGCGUGUUCCGUGGAUCCGCCUGGGAGUGGCACGAGGGUCGUCAAGAGUACUAUUUGCAUCAGUUCCACAAGAAGCAGCCCGAUUUCAAUUUCCGCAAUCCUGUGGUGCGAGAGGAAAUGAACGAUGUGCUGAGGUUCUGGUUGGAGAAGGGCGUCGAUGGCUUCCGCGUGGAUGCCAUCUAUCAUGCCUUCGAGAUUGAAGCCGAUGAGAAUGGCAACUAUCCCGAUGAGCCACGCAACGACUGGACCGAUGAUCCCGAUGAGUAUGGCUAUACCCACAAGAUCUACACUGUCGAUCAGCCCGAAACCCCGCAUUUAGUAUACGAAUGGCGUGAGAUACUCGAACAAUUCCAGCGUGACCACGGAGGCGAUGAGCGCAUUUUGAUGGUGGAGACAUGGUCGCCCAUUGAGAUUGUGAUGCACUACUAUGGCAAUGAGACGGCCGAAGGCGCACAGAUACCCUUCAAUUUCCAGCUGAUAAGCAAUCUGUAUCACUAUGAGUAUUUGAUCAACAAUUGGCUAUCGCUAAUGCCAAGUGGCAAGAGUGCCAAUUGGGUGAUUGGUAAUCACGAUAAGAAUCGUGUUGGCUCACGCUUCGGCGCCGAUCGCGUUGAUCUCUUCAACAUUUUGCUGCUCACUCUGCCCGGCUGCAGUAUCACCUAUCAGGGCGAGGAGUUGGGCAUGCUAGAUGCGUACAUCUCGUGGGAGGACACCGUCGAUCCCCAGGCCUGCAAUGGCUACGAGGAGAACUACAUGUCCAAUUCGCGUGAUCCGGCCAGAAGUCCCAUGCACUGGACUGAUGGCAAGUUCAGUGGCUUCACCAGUGGCGAUUCCACUUGGUUGCCAGUCGCCCAGGAUUAUGCGACACGCAAUGUGCAAAAGGAACGCGGCGUUGCCCUCAGUCAUCUGAAUGUCUUCAAGCGUCUUCAGCAGCUGCGUCAGGAGCCAGCUGUCCAGCAAGGCGAUGCCGAGGUCAAGGCCGUCAGUGGCUAUGUCUUGGCAGUCAGGCGCUAUCUGAGUGGCGAAUAUGUUUACGUUUCACUCUUCAACAUUUUCGGCUACAUUGAGAAUGUUAAUCUUAAUGACGUGUUCAGCGGUCUCCCCUCCACUUUCCAGUAUGCUCUUGUCACCGGCAAGUCCAUUAAACAGCUGGGUGAUCAAGUCUCCGCCAGCAGUGUCACUCUGAUGCCCUACGAGUCCGUUGUACUUCGCUCCACAACCACAGUUUAAGCGCAAAUCAUACUCAAAAAUACAUUUCAAUAAAAUUGUAAAUAAUAAAAAACACUUUUAAUCUC